AUGUCAACUGCGAACUCACCGAAUGACACGACAUUGACCAAGGCUAUUGGUCAUGUUCUCAGCUUGCGGCGUUCCCUGACGAAGCUCGCUGUCGACAGUGGGAAGCGUGGCCGUGCCUUACGUGCCUGUCUCGAGGUCGGGGCUCUCGCAUACGCUUUGCACACGUACAUUGAUGAAUACAAUGCCGCGUGGAACUUGGCAAAAGUUCGUCUUGUCGGGAAUCCUUGCGCUGCACUAACGGCACACGAGAUUCUGUGCCAGCAGAAGAUUCCAAAUGUCCAUUUUACACCGGUACUUCCACCCAUCAUCACCGAACCCAGCACCUUCUUCCCUACUAAGCAGGAAACCCGGUGGAGUUACCUUGGUCUGGAGUUUGAUGACGAUGUAGUCGCUGAUGACAAGAUCAUCGACGACGACAAGAGCGAGGAUCGCGAGGAUCGCGAAGAUGACGAAUGGGUCAAUCCACUUGAGUGA